AGAGCCCUGAUUCGUCUAGUUCAUUGGGAAUUUUGGUUUGUGGAGCGGAAAGGCCAAAAAGGAGAAAGUUUUCCCUCCCUUUUCAAAAUUAUCCAAAAACCCCUUCCAAUCCCUCCAACUACAUCUCAUAUUUUUCAUCUUCCCUCGCUUCCUUCUCCCCUCACCGACUCUUCAAAUUUCAAUUUCUUUCGGUUUUUUGGAGCCAAAUUGGAAAAAAGAAGGAGCAAAAUUGACAAAUUUUGACUUCACUUUCACUUUGCCUGUCAAUUUUUCUUUCUUUUUCCCUUACCCUAGUGUCUUCCAUGGAAACCCAAGUAACUCACAUUUCUGCUUCGAAUUCUGUUCUUUUGCAGAAACCUAUUGAGGGAUCUAGCUCGUUUUCACCUCCAUUACCUGUUCCUGAAGAAACCCUUUCUGGGUCUUCACCGUUUCCACUUCCCGAACCCGCCAAAGGAGACCAUGCUUUGGUUCCUUUGCUUGAUUCUGCAACUGGGUCUUCCUCCGUUCCAGAUAAACAAGAAGUCAUAUAUGGCUGUUCUUCGGCUCCUUGUUCGUCCGAUUCGAAUUGUUCUUCACCGUCUUUGCCUUUGAAGACCACCCUGGUUGAUGAGCCUUGUGCUCCUCCUCAAUCAUCGCUCGGAGUUCGGUCUUCGUUGACUUCGGCCCAAAUGGUUUCCAGGGAAGCAGAGAAAGAAGAUGGGGCUUUGCCUUCUAGGGCUCCUAUAUCAUCAAGUUUUGAUGAUAAUUAUGAAUCACCCAGCAAUGGCAUCAGGAAUGAAGAAGAAGAAGAAGGAGAUGGCCGAGAAGAUAAACCACCACCAUCUUCACCUGUUAAUCUGGUUGGUAAUAAUUUAUCAAAUUACGGUUCGAAUUGGCAAACUCCAUGGUCAUCUUCCUCUUCAUCUUGGUCUUCUCGAUGGCCCUCAUGGUCUUCUUCCAAGGAAACUGGGGUUUAUUCAGAAUCUUCGUUUUCUAUACAAGAAUCCAAGCCCUCCAUGGUGGGUGCAGGGCUUGCAAAUCUUGGGAAUACGUGCUUUAUCAACGCGGUUCUUCAAUGCUUUACGCACACUGUACCGCUCGUACAGGGUAUUCGUUCUGCUAAUCACGCCGUGCCCUGUGAUCGUGGAAGGGAAGGGUUUUGUGUUAUUUGUGCUCUACGUGACCAUGUUGAUAUUUCAUUGGCUUCCUCGGGAGGAAUUGUUUCACCUCUGAAACUAGUCAAUAAUUUGAACCACUUCUCAUCUUAUUUUCAAAGAUACCAGCAGGAAGAUGCACAUGAAUUCUUGCAGUGCUUCUUAGAUAAACUUGAGAGGUGCUUCUUGGAUUCGAAGACAGAGAAAAACUGUUCGAAUUCUGGAGAUGAAAACCUGGUGAAAAGGGUUUUUGGUGGCCGUCUUAUAAGUAAACUUCGGUGUUGCAAUUGUGGCCACUGUUCUGACACUUAUGAGCCUCUGAUCGACUUGAGCUUGGAGAUUGAAGAUGUGGACACCCUUCCGAGUGCUUUGGAAUCUUUCACCAAGCUGGAAAAGAUUGAAGAUUCAGAGACAAAGUUUACAUGUGAGAACUGCAAGGAGGAAGUGGCGGUGGAGAAACAGCUUAUGGUGGAUCAGGCCCCAACAAUUGCUGCAUUUCAUUUAAAAAGAUUUAAGAAUGAUGGGUCUUAUGUUGAGAAGAUUGAUAAACAUGUUGAAUAUCCUAUGGAGUUGGAUUUGCAGUCAUACACCAGUUGUACUAGUCAGGAUAAUGUGGAGCUGAAAUACGAUCUUUAUGCAGUGGUUGUCCAUGUUGGUUUUUCGUCUACUUCUGGGCAUUACUUUUGCUUCGUACGGUCCUCACCAGAUGCAUGGUAUAGGCUGGAUGACUCAAAGGUCACUAGAGUUAGAGAAGAAUUUGUGCUAUCUCAGGAUGCCUAUAUUCUGUUUUAUGCAAAGUGUGGUACUCCCUGGGUGUCAAGUUUGAUGGAAGUGCAAAAGCCGUGCUUGGAUACAAAUAUUAUGAAUACAUCUCCUCAGUCAGUUCUAGAUAAUGUUGAGAAUACCUGUAUUCAGUAUUCUACUGGGACAAGUAUUGACAUUUUUGAUGAUGAUGAAUUUAGAGAUGCUGGUGCUGGAACUUCAUCCUUGUACACGGAUGGAGCAAUACAUGAAGGUGUUGAUGUCAAUAAUAAUAGAGAUGUUGCUGGAGCUUCUGUAUGCAACUUUGAAGGACCAAAGGAUGACAGAGUCGGGCUAAAUGACUCUAGAAAUGAGCUAAAUGACUCUAGAAAUGAACGUGUAGUUGAUCCUUCAGUGCUCCAAGGGGCAAGUAAUUCCAAUGAAGCUUCAUGCAACAGUGACAAAAAAUGUGAUCCAAUGCCUCUUGGCAAAACUAAUGGACACAAGGGAAAUAAUGAAGAAGGCAAUGAUGUUUUCCAUCCUCUAACACCACCUAGAUCUAAAAGUCCGGACACGUUUUCUGUGGAGUCUCGAGAACAUGGUUAUCAAAUUCCCCGUGAUCAUCUGAAGGUGGAGAACCGUGUGGCUUGUAAAAGACCAUUGAACAAGGUUCUAGAAGAUUCUCAGAAACAGGAAGCUAUUAGAUAUCUCACAAAGAGUGUGCCAAGUUCAAGAGGCAGUAAGAUUUUAGCUUUGCUUGGGUCCCAAAGUCAAGGUCCUUUGAACAAGAAGAGGAGGUUUGAAUCAGCAUGUAAAAAGGUCAGCACUCCUAAUACCGGUCAUAAAUCUAGCCAUGGUUCCGGUAUGCGUCCGGUGGCAACUCCAUUGCGCUGAGUAUACUGAGCCAUUUGCAUAUAGUUGGUUUUUGCAUCACAGUUAGGUCAGGUUCAGUGGAUCUCAACUAUAAUGCAAAAUUGUAUCUGGUCAUAUAUUUAAGCUGAGAAUUUGUCUUUUAAAGCUGUGUUUAUGUUUUUGUCCUCUCGUUGUGGGAAGCCUAGUCUGUUUCUGUUAAUUCAACUCAUUCUCAUCCGAUAAAUGGCAAUUCAAAAAUGUAAAGUUUGGUCGAAGUAUACAACUCGUCACUCUAAAUAGACUAGAUGAUGUUAUAAAAUGAAAUUUUUAUCAAUUGCUUAUAAUGGAAUAUUAUGAAGUUUCUAAAAUCAA